ACGCAUGAAGAAGCCUCACAUUGGCGUGGAGGCCAUCGUCGGCUCAGCGGAAUGACCCAAGUGCCGAAGUUCCUCUUACAUGCAUAAGCUGCCGGGAUUCAUGUAUGUAUGCGAGGACCCUGGACCUCGGUGACUUGAGUUGAGGAAUCAGACUUCCACUAGCAUCGCAGUUCCAAUUGCAUAGACUUUACGCCAGGAACAAGCCCGUCACUCUUUUGGUUGAUUCUUUUCGUACUCUCGAACCUGCACAGCCAUGUUCGCGCAGCAUGCCGGGCGCACAGCGCGUCGCCUGGGCCAGACAAAGUGGCGCGCCGUCCAAAGACGAGGCUACGCAGCCGAGACGACAUCAUCAAAUAAACCACCUGGCGGCGCGGGUAGUCGCGCAGCCAAGUUUCUCCUGACAGGCUUCGCAUUCUCGACCUUGGGCGCAGCCGCAACAUGGCAAGCCAUGAGCUCGCGCGGCAUGGGUUUCUACUCGGACGAGGACAGCCUGAAAAAGUACACGCCGGAAGAAGCCGACCUCGAAGCCAAGAACGCCGAGCAAGUCAUCAACACACACCCUCUCGUCACGUCGUUACGAGCGCGCUCCGAUCUCACAGAGUCCAGGCCGCACAUGAAGAUGCCGGGCCAGUACCGCGCCAAGAGCCUCACAGGAGGCGCGCUGCUGGGCCCAGGCAGGGUCUCUGUGCCGCCGUACGCAUGGAACGACGAGCACGGCAAGGAGAUGGUCGCUCUGUUCCACGUGGGCGAGGACGUCUGCGGACACCCAGGCAUCGUGCACGGCGGGCUGAUCGCGACCAUACUGGACGAGGGUCUGGGCCGCUGCUGCUUCAAGAGUCUGCCUCACAACAUUGCCGUGACGGCGAACCUAAACAUAAACUAUCGCAAACCCACACCGGCGAGCACGUUCCUGGUCCUCAAGGCGGAGACGUACAAGGUAGAAGGUCGCAAGGCCUGGGUCAGGGGCCGUCUGGAGCAGCUGGCUGCGCCAGGCGAGAAGCCCAUUGUGUUUGCCGAGGCGGAGGCCCUCUUCAUCUCGCCCAAAUAUGCUGCGCCCAGCAACAUCACCUGGCACCCUUCCCUCAAGCGCACUGAGCGCAACGAGCUCCGCAAGCAGCAGGGCAUCACCCUCUGGCUCACCGGCCUCUCCGCCUCGGGCAAGUCGACCGUCGCCACCGCCCUCGAGCAGCACCUCCUCCACCUCGGUGUCGCCGCCUACCGUCUCGACGGCGACAAUGUGCGCUUCGGCCUGAACAAGGACCUGGGCUUCUCCGAGAAGGACCGCAACGAGAACAUCCGCCGCAUCUCCGAGGUCGCCAAGCUCUUUGCCGACUCGUCCACCAUUGCCAUCACCAGCUUCAUCUCGCCCUACCGGGCCGACCGUGACCUCGCCAGGGAGCUGCACGCCCAGACCACCGCCGGCGACGAGACCCCCCUGCCCUUUGUCGAGGUCUACGUCGACGUGCCCCUCGAGGUCGCCGAGCAGCGUGACCCCAAGGGCCUCUACAAGAAGGCCCGCGCCGGCGAGAUCAAGGACUUUACCGGCAUCUCGGCCCCCUACGAGGAGCCCCUGAACCCAGAGAUCACCAUCAAGACCCACGAGAACUCGGUCGAGGAGUGCGUGGCCCAAAUCACCAGCUGGCUGGCCGACAAGGGCUACAUCAAGUCCGCCUAA